GUGGUCGAUGAUCUACCAACGCAGAGGAAGUUGAUCAAAUCAUACCACAUCGAUAGCGGCCACAAAGGGAGAGAGGUGACCUACAACCUCACGAAGAGGAGAUACUUCUGGAAUGGCAUGUGGAGCCAGAUCUCGGAAGCGGUGCGGUGCUGUCCGACUUGUCAGGUACACGCCCCUUGGAGGCCAUUGGAAGCCGUCCAGUUCACCCAACCAUUUGAUCCUAUGAUCAAGGUUCAUUUCGACUGCCAAUACAUGCCCCUUGACCAAGGAUUCAAGUACCUAGCAGAAGCAAGGUGCGACAUGACAGGAUGGGUGGAAGCAAUUCCCUUGAAAAAGAUCUCGGCUGCGGCGCUAAAACGCUUC